AUGUUCAGUUUAUUACCAUCCCUCUGCCAUGUGGAACCUUGGGUCCCCAAGUGCAUGACUAAGCACUUUCCUUCUUCUAAAUCAGGUUCUUCAAAGCCCUCUCUCAAGUCUAAAGCCUGGACAGAGAUGGAUACAUACUGCAUUCAGCAGAGGCUCUGGAAUUGCAAGGGGCAGAGAAUCCUAUACCUCUGCUUCAGGUGUCAGUAGCAAAAAAGCAGUGAGUUCUUGCAGUCCAGUGACAUGACAUGGCACUUGGAUGUUGACUUUUUGCUACUCUAUUUCAAUGACACAGGUACGUGUGUUCAGGCUAAACUUCUUGCAGUAGGCCAAGAGGAGUUAACUGAUAUGGAAUCUUCUCUCAUGUGGUGUGCCAGGCAAGCAUGCAGUAUUUCAUCUGAUGUCCCUUGUCCUUUUUGGGAACAUGAUGGGUUUGUAAAUAACCAGUGUUCUCUGGUCAGCUUCCAGCAACUAGGCUAGAAUCACUGGAUCAUUACUCCCCAUCUCUACACUCCAAAUUACUGUAAAGGAAUCUACACUCAGGUGCUACCCUAUAGCCUCAAUUCACCCAACCAUGCUGUCAUUCAGAGCCUUGUCAAUGAACUAGUGAAUCACAGUGUACCUCAGCCUUCUUGUGUCCCUUGUAAGUUUCUGUCUAUGAGUAUCCUCCUGAUUGAGGCAAAUGGGAGUAUUGUGUAUAAGGAGUAUGAGGAUAUGAUUGAUGCUGAAGAAGCCCAGUGGAUCCCAGAAAGGUUGGUGCAAUUUGCAGGAGAUGUUUUCUGGAAGGAGGAUGCUCCUGCUGCUGAAAAUGAAUAUAGUCCUGAGGGUGAACAGAGAGCUGCUGCGUUGGGCUUAUGCUCUUGA